GCGCUGGUGAUGGGCGAACACAAGCGGGCGCUUGAAUUUGUACGAAUCCCACAGCUGAAUCGCAUCGAUGGGUGGGUAUCCUAGAGGUGCCUGGGGUGCGAGACAUCGGGAUCUAGGGACAAUCCGUCGUCGCUCAGCUGCCCCUAAGCCAAUUUGGUAUCUGCCACUCCUUCCAACCUCCAACCUAUCAUCAACCUUCAACAAUCAACCUCUUCUUCAACGUCAUACACACCUUCAUCUAGUGUUUUAUACUUCCACUAUGGACCUAUAAUUACUAUCCACGCCAUCUUACAACCGCACGCCUCGGCCAUCGUUGCAUCCCAUUAAGCGAACACAUCCACUCGAGAACGUGGCCUCGCAAGCAGCAUCAUCCCAGCGGAUACACCAUCCACGCGUUGCCUGCACAACUUGAGUUCGAACCUCACGAGGAUGCACAUCCCCGUUCUCUUGCCCAUCCUCGCUCUAUUGGUUCCAUCUCAACAUGCACGAGGCCAAUCCCUGACCUUCCCCUUUAAAAUUCCCGAUGAAGCGCAUGGUCAACGUCGCAUGCGCCUGAUACCGCAGCCACAGGGAUCACCGCAUCAGUCCCCACUAUCCCUAGUCGCAAGCGACGAAACUACGGAUCCGAUCAGCCGCGCCGAGCUCGCCUUCUCCGCCCUGCAGAUAUGGUACAACGGCGGCACGGGGCUCUGGGACACCUCAGGAUGGUGGAACAGCGCCAACGUGAUGACCAUGGUGACCAACCUCGCAAAGCACGACUCGGAAAACGACAGGCUGGUCGACCUUGCGAAGAGAAUUUUUGCGAACACGAUUGUGCAGGCGCCGGCGAAGAACCCGCAGCCGGGUGUCGAGAACGGGAAGAGGUCAAAUGCGGAAGUCCUAGCUGAGCUAGAGGCCGAACCGGAAGAGGAGGAGAUUGAAGAAAUGGCCUGGGGUGGGGAAGAGGUGGAGGAAGAGCCGUGGAAAAGAGACAGUAAGAAGAGGAAAAAGAAGCGUAAUGCUACUAUACUCCUUAAGCCAGAGCCCAAGAUCUCAGGAUACAACAAAUCGCACGGCAUCGACGGCGAGGUAUACAGUAUAUACCCCGUGGGAUGGGAAACAAACGAGUACGUCGAUGUGAAGAAACUCCCCAUCAACCAGCCUGGUCGACUCGCCGCCGUCGACACCCCCAACCCAGAAGACUGGCUCGACGGCUUCUACGACGACGACCUCUGGUGGGCACUCGCCUGGAUCGGGGCCUACGAUGUCACGGGCACGCAAGAAUAUCUCCAACUCGCCGAGGGACUCUUCGCCGCCGUCACCAAGUCAUGGCCAACCCGCUGCGGCGGCGGAGGCAUCUUCUGGUCCUGGGAGGAAACCUACAUGAACGCCAUCGCCAACGAACUGUUCCUCAGCACGGCCGCGCAUCUCGCGAACCGCGCGGACAACAAGGACUUCUACGUCGACUGGGCGCGCAGGGAGUUGGACUGGUUCGUCAACAGCGGUAUGAUCAACGAGCGAGGCACAAUCAACGACGGGCUGACGGAAGACUGCCAAAACAACAAUCAAACAACAUGGUCAUACAACCAAGGCGUGAUCCUCGGCGGCCUCGUCGAGCUCUCUCGCGCUGACCCCUCCGCCGCCUCCUCCUACGUCUCCCUCGCCACCCGCACCGCCAAAGCCGCCAUCGACGAGCUCUCCGACGAAAACGGCGUCCUACACGACCGCUGCGGGCCCUACUGCGGCGGCGACGCCUCGCAAUUCAAAGGCAUCUUCGCGCGCAACCUGAUGCUCCUGCACGCCGAGGCCCCGGACGACAUGUUCGCGCAGUUUAUCCGCAUUAACGCGGAUAGCAUAUGGGCGAACGAUCGGGAUGAUGGGGAUCGGUUGAGUAUUAAUUGGGCGGGGCCGUAUGUACCAGUAGCCAAUGCGACGACGCAUGGGAGUGCUAUGGAUGCGCUUGUUGCGGCGCUGACCGUGUGAAGGAUUCGAUCUGUUGUUGUUGUUGAUGUGUGGGUGUUUUGGCGGAUGUGAAUAUGACGUUUAUGGAUAAUGAUACCCCUUUUUGUUCGUCUUUUUUUAUGAUUAUAAUUUUUGGUAUAUUUCUAUUGACACAUUUCCAUUAUACUUGUGCGACGAUCAUCAUACCUGCUUUCUUUUACAGCUGUCGUUCACAAACGAUCGUAACAUUCCAGACGGACUGAUUCACAGUGAUAUCAAUUUGACUGAAGAGUUGUACAGUACUGGCGAAGAACUAGUCGA